AUGUGUAUGGAGAUUGAGAGAGUUAUGAACCGUUAUUGGUGGGGAGCUGGUAAUAGUCAAGGAAUACAUUGGAAAGCAUGGGACAAGUUGUGUAUCCCGAAGAAGCAUGGGGGACUGGGCUUUAAAGACCUGCGGGCGUUUAAUUUAGCCAUGCUAGGGAAACAGGCGUGGCGCCUACUUACCAAGCCGGAAUAUUUGGUGGCAUCUGUUUAUAAGGCUAGAUAUUAUCCCAAGAGUUCAUUUUAUGAGGCAAAAAUGGGGAAUAAUCCUAGUUUUUGCUGGCGAAGUAUAAUGGCAGCGAAGAGCCUGGAUGAUCAGGAACCUAUGAUACAAACAGAGAUGCCUGUGCAAUUAGCGGAUGCGAAAGUUGUGGGAUUGAUUGACCAGGAUACUGGUACGUGGGAUCAUUCAAUUCUUACUGAUUUGUUCCAACCUAUAGAUGUGGAGAAUAUAAAGAGGAUACCUAUUUCCCCAGAAUAUGACGACUCUUGGUAUUGGCAUGGGGACCCAAAAGGGAUCUACUCAGUCAAGAAUGGGUAUAGACGCAUUGUGGGAAACUAUGAGCCUGACAAUGGAUCUUUUGAUAAAUGGCUCACCCUAUGGAGCCUCAAAAUCCCACCCAAAUGGAAAACUUUUCUAUGGAGAGCAAUUAGUGAUAUCCUCCCAACCACUACAAAUUUGAUUAUAAAGAGAGUGGAGGUGGACCCAAAUUGUGCUAUGUGUGGAAUUGUUCAAGAAGAUACUAUGCAUGCUUUGGUGUUGUGUGAUUUUGCGAAAGCCAUUUGGGAACGAUCUAGCCUUCCAAUCCCCAAUAUUGUGACGAAUGUUUUUCAUACUUGGUUCUCUGAUCUUCUAAAUAUUCUAGACUCUAAUAGAAUAUUAUAUGCAACAGCAAUCUUAUAUCAUAUUUGGAGAGCACGGAACGGAGCAGUAUGGGAUGCCGCUAUGCCACGACCCACGAAACUCCUAGCCACGGUCACGGCAACCGUGGAAGCAUGGCGCAACGCACGGCUGCCGCCCGCAUCCGUGACACAGCCACAAUAA